CUGAAAUUGCGAAACCGCUCUCUCCAAGAACUACGCUGGCGCACGCCCUCCAGCCAAAAGUAAGCAGAUAACCCUCGAAGAUCAGACAGGAAAGGCAAUACAAAGACAGAUCAGGACAGAUCUCUCGUGGAAGACCUCUCACUGACAGAGGGAGGCCUUCGCGCGCUGUGACACACACGCACCCCACCCUGUAUGCGCGGUCGCGUUUCCCUGCUUGUCUCUCUGUGUGUGUGUGUGUGUGUCCAGUGGUGAAGUUCAUGAAGCCCGGCCGCAUCGUGAUAGUGGUCGCCGGCCGGUACGCGGGCAAGAAGGGUGUGAUCCUGAAGUGCUACGACGACGGCAACAAGCCGGCGAGCCGCAACUUCGGUCACUGCCUGGUGGCGGGCAUCGCCAAGAACCCCCUCAAGGUGACCACCCGGAUGUCCAAGGAGAAGGUGGAGAAGCGGCUGAGGAUCAAACCCUUCUUGAAGUACGUCAACUACAACCACAUCAUGCCCACACGGUCAGUGGCACUCAGCCACAGAUUGAUUAUUGACACAGGGACACAGGGAGGGAGGGAGGCAGGGGGGGAGGGAGGCAGAAAGGACAAGGGACGUCUGUCUGUGUGUGUGUGUGUGUCUGUGUGUCUGUGUGUUGUGUGAUGGUGCAGGUACACGUGUCCGGCUGAGGCGUUUGGUGACGUCAAGACGCUCGAGGCGCAGGACAGGGUGGAGGCACGGAAGGCACUCAAGACCGUCAUGAAGGAGAAGUAAGCACCAUCAGACGCGCAGACACAGACACAUAGCGAGGGAGGGAGAGAGGGCAGCUGCACAUUGAGUGUCUGUUUCUGCGUAUCCCUGGUUGUGUGGCUCAGGGUUGCGAAGCUGCAGGGUGCCGAGAAGGAGAAGGGCAAGAUCGGCGCGGGCAAGGACUUCUCGUGGUUCAGACAAAGACUCAGAUUCUAAGCCGAGACAGACAGACAGCUGGAUGGAUGGAUGGCCCACAACACAAUCGAGCGAACCACCCACACCACCAUCGUCUUAGCAGCUGCUGCAGGCACCGCACCGGACCCUUCUUCAGCCA